AUGGCGCAAAACAACGUAACCCCGCUCAUCAUCAACGGUGAAUCCAUCGUCACCGACAUCAAGUUCGAGGUCCACGCACCCGCCACCGGCGAGCUCUCCAACUACUGCGCCGGCGCCUCAGUCGACGAUGCCGUCCGCGCUGUCGACACCGCCAAGGCUGCAUUCCCGGCCUGGGCCAAGAUGAAGGCCUACGACCGUCGGGAUAUCCUCCUCAAGGCCGCUGACAUCAUGGCCUCGCGCAAGGAGGAGCUGAUCGCGUACCAGCGCGAGGAAACGGGUGCUGGCCGCCCUUUCUCCGAGCACACCUUUAAUCUGGGUGUGAGCUUUAUCAAGGACUUUGCAGCGCGCAUUCCGACUAUCGAGGGCGUUGUCCCGAAUGUUACGAAGGAUAACGAGGGCGCGAUGGUCUUCAAGGAGCCGUAUGGUGUUAUUCUCAGCAUUGCGCCUUGGAACGCCCCCUUUAUCCUGGGUACCCGGGCCGUGGCCCUCCCGCUCGCCGCCGGCAACACAGUCGUACUGAAGGGCUCCGAGCUCUCGCCCAAGUGCUUCUGGGCUCUGGGUGAUAUCUUCCGCCAGGCUGGUUUGCCUGCUGGCGUUCUGAACGUCGUCUUCCACCAGGCUUCUGAUGCCCCCGCCAUCACUAAUGCCCUCAUUGCCCACCCGGCUGUGCGCAAGGUCAACUUCACCGGUAGCACCAACGUCGGUUCCAUUAUUGCUUCCACCGCUGGCAAGCACGUCAAGCCUGUCCUGCUUGAGCUGGGUGGUAAAGCUUCGGCAAUCGUUCUAGAUGAUGCGGAUCUUGACAAGGCGGCUAUGAAUUGCGCUAUUGGUUCUUUCAUGCACUCCGGCCAAAUCUGCAUGUCAACCGAGCGCAUCGUCGUGCAACGGGGCAUCGCUGACCAAUUCCGCGAAAAAUUGGCCGCAACAGCCGAGAAGCUCUUCGGCAAAGACGCACCGGCACCAGUGCUAGUCAACUCCGCCGCCGUGACAAAGAACAAGAAGCUUGUUUCGGACGCCGUCUCGCACGGCGCGAAACUUUUGUUCGGCGACGCGGGCGCCAGCGAGUCCGUCGAUACUAGCAUGCGUCCCAUUAUCGUCGACGGCGUCACAAAGGACAUGGACAUGUACGCGACCGAGUCGUUUGGUCCGACUGUUUCGCUUUUCAUUGUUGAUUCGGAGGAUGAUGCGAUUGCUCUCGCGAAUGAUACCGAGUAUGGGUUGACUAGUGCUGUGUUUACUAACAACCUCUUCCGUGGAUUGCGGGUUGCGAAGCAGAUUGAGUCUGGUGCCGUCCACAUCAAUGCCCUGACUGUACACGAUGAGCCUGUCCUGCCUCACGGCGGAUGGAAGAGCAGUGGAUUCGGUCGCUUCGGUGGAAUCCAUGGCUACGAUGAGUUCCUGCAGACUAAGACUGUUACCUGGUUGGAGUAA